AUGGGUGCGACGGCCGCCUCGCAGGGCGGAGCGUACAUUCCGCCCUUCGCAACCAAGGCAACGACGACUGCCGCUGCAGCGACAAAGACGACAGGCUCGCUGUCCUUCGCGCAUAUCGCCAGCCAGACCGGUUCAGCGACGACUACCGCCCAGAUUGUCGACUCGACAGGCGGCGUCGACUCGUCCAGCCUCUUGCAGUACUUUACCAAGCCGUACAUCGACGCCCACACCCUCUCGAUCCCGACUUGGCGAUACGCCUAUAUCCUCUGGUUCGCCAUCAUCGGCACUCUCAUCGUCUGGAGCGCGGUGUACCACCUCGCGGGAACGGGAACAGGCGGAUCAGCACUCGGAGCCUGGUUCAGGAAAUGGUCGAUUCGGCGCAUCACCUGGACGAAGAAGGUGGGCGGUACAGGGCCAGGCGCAGGGACGGGUGAGGCAGAGAAGGGCGCGCAGGGAACGACAGGCGUGCGCAAGAGAGUCGUCUUUGCGAGCCCAACGUUCGCGCAGAUGAUUGCGGUCGGCGUGCUCGUUUUGAUCGCGCUUCUGGUCAGCUUUAUCGGUGACGACUACAUCGCGCCCACGACCUGCACCUUCGGCGGCGACUGCGGCUACCAAGCGUAUUACGGAGCUUCGAGCCCACCCAAAUCGACCUACCGCGCCAAGCGAGCGCUCGCUCUUCCCGACUCGUUCCGCUUCCUCUCAUCUCGCCAAGUUGAUUCAGCAGUCACCGCACAGACGUGGCUUGACACUGUCGCGCCUCUUCGAGAAGACGAGCAGGUCGCGGAACCGGUGUUGGUGAAGCGAGGCGUCAACAACCCGAACGGAUGGGCCCCUUUCAACGACCCACUUCUCGCCUCCUCCAACACGAACAUUGCCGCAAACGCCUGGACAGCCGCCGCUCGCCUCGGCUUGAUCUCGUACGCCAUGCUGCCGCUCGUCAUCACCCUCGCGCUCAAACAAUGGCCAUUCAACAUCUGGGCAACGCCGUUCUUGACCAACUACCAUUUCGACAAGACGGCCAUCCUGCAUCGCUGGUCUGGACGAGUCGUCUGGGCCUUCUCGACGGGACACGCGAUCGGCUGGAUCUACGAGCUUUGCAUGGAUCGCGACCCGUUCGGCCGCAUCGUCCUCGUACCAGCUCUCCAGUGGUACCGCUUUGUCGCAGGCAUCGUCUGCUGGUUCCUCCUCACCAUCCUCACCGCUUUCUCGUUCCGCCCGCUCCGCAACCGCUUCUACGAGUUCUUCUACUGGUCGCACGUCAUCCUCGUCAUCCUCGUCCUCGUAACGGCGAUCAUCCACCACAAGCCUCUGAUGUACUGGCCGAUCGUCGCGCUUGCGUGGUGGGGAGCUGAGCGGGCAUGGCGCUUCGUUACGCUCCUCUGGGUCAACGGCGUCUUCGAAGGCAUCAUGUUGCGGCCGUCGAAGCGCGCCGUCCGCUCGAGCGGCGGCGACUUCAGCGUUGUUCACGAGAAGGACGACGUGACCGUCGACGAGCCUUUUGUGCCGCCGGUCUCGCAGCACUACCCACCUUCCUCGCCUGCCCCGCUUCCCUACCAGAGCCCAACGAUGGCUCACUCCUCGCCAACGCUCUACCAGUCUUCUCCUCUUCAGCCGACUUCCACGACUGCGCCACGAGCGCUCCCUCCUCCCGGCUUUGCCAAUGCGCAGCUUCUCCCCGGCCGCACCAUCCGUCUCACCAUCCAGACUCCGCACGCGAUUCGUUGGGCAGCGGGCCAGCACCUCCUCCUCUACAUGCCCUCCGUUCGCCUUUUCGAGUCGCACCCAUACACCAUCGCCGGUAUCGACGAGCGCACCAAGGCUCUUCGACCUGUCGGCGGGAAGAGCGUCGCGAAGGGCAGCGAGAUCGUACUCCUGAUUCGUGCUCAGCAAGGCUUUUCGCGCGCGUUGUGGGACUACAUCGUCCGCGCCAGAUCGAAGCGGAGCGGAGCGAGGCAGGAAGAGGGCGUCACGAUGCGUGCGCUGGUCAGCUGGCCAAUGGGCAGCGCCGGACGGGUGCACUGGGGCGCCUACGAGAGCUUGACGAUCGUCUGCGGCGGGACGGGUAUUACGUUCGGUAUUUCGGUACUCGAGAAUGCGUGUCGAAGGAUGGCCAGGCGGGAUCAGCAGGGCGAUGCGAAGUGGAAGACGACGCGGGUGCGGUUCGUCUGGAUCCUGCGGGAGUACGCUCACUUGAGCUGGGUCGCCCCGACUCUGCGCCGCUGCAUGGAGAUGUGCGAUCCUUCGCAACUCCAGAUCGAUCUCUUCGUGACGCACGACGCACCCAAGCCGCCUUCCCAACGCCCAUCCGCCCCUCCGUACUCCUCCUACGGCGGCGCAAGCGGCUUCACCUCGACUGAUGAACUCGCUCCGCCGACCGCUCCUUUCGCACGGGAAGCCAGGUCUAGCUCGCCCGCCGGUCGACCAAGCUUUACCAGCGAUCUGAGCGACUACAGCGAUGGCGAAGGAACUCCGUCGAGGAAGUCGAGCUCGGCGGGCUUGCCGCAGGCUGGCCAACUUCCGGAGGAAUACGGCGACCAGGUCGAUUCGGUGACCGACCUUGUCUUGUUCGACGGCGAGGAGGACUACCGCACGGCAGGCGACGAGCGAGUGUCGGCUCAGCUGAAGAAGGAGGGCAAGUUGCGUCGCGCCCUCUCCCGCCGCGGUCAAGGCCGUUCAAUUCGCCGCCCCGGAGAUGCGCCUCAGCAGCCCAGACCCGCCAUGCUCAGCGCCGAGCCGAGCUUCGAAGCUCUGCCGCUCGACCACCGCGACGAGCCCAAGUCGCACUCGGCCUACUCGACGCCCUACGACUACUCAGGCGUCGCAGCCGCGUCAUUCGGUGACCUCAGCCAGAUGAGCCGGGCUCCUCUCCCCCGCGACGGCUCAUUCGACUGGAGCUCUACGUACGACGAUGCGACCCUCGGCGACAAUGCAUCGACUCGCCACCUCGUCAAGUCGGCAGCUCGGCCGGGCCUCGCUUCAAACCGGACGAGCCAUGCCGAUCUCGCCUCCGAAACAUCUCUCGCGUACCUUCCGUCUACGCAGGUGACUCGCGCCGGCCGCGACGACGGCUUCUUCCUCGACGUGACGGACGCCGAGCAGGCAGAUAUCGAAGCUGUCGCCGAACUCGCCAAGACGGGCUACCCGCGCCUCAAGCAGCUGCUCGACGAGGAGGUCCAGCGUUCGGCGGGCAAGACGAUCGUGGCAUGCUGCGGUCCCGCCAGCCUCAAUAGCGUCGUCCGCAACCUCGUCGCAAGCAGGAUUGACUUGAAGAAGGUGGCCCGUGGCGACCCGAGGGGCCAGAUCAGCCUCGUCGUCGAAGACUUUGCGUUCUAG